AUGACCAAAGCCGUAUUCGGUGGAAGGUUGAUAUCUGUACCGUCCUUGACAAUCUCACCUGGAGAUGAGAUUUUGGAAAGCGCGACUGGGACUGGUAUAUGGCUCCUCGACCUCGCUCAUCAGCUUCCUCUUACAAUAUCCCUAACCGGAAUCGACAUCUCCACACGUCUGUUCCCCAAGCCUACAACCUACCCCUCCAACAUCACAUUUUCCUCUCAAUCCAUCACCGACCUCCCCCCAUCCUGGUCUAACCGCUUCACACUCAUAAACCAGCGUCUUCUUACAGGUGCUCUAAGCAAACCCCAAUGGAUCCAAGCACUAACUGAAAUUUUUCGUGUCCUCAAACCGGGAGGGUGGAUCCAAUUCAUGGAGACUGGUCCAACCCCCAAUGCAUAUAGUGGAGCUAAGAUGAAGAGAAUGGUGGAUUCAUGGGCUUCGUUAUAUAGAGCGAGAGGACUCGUUCCAGAAAUUCAGGACGUACUGGGACAAUUGAUUUCGGAAACUGGCUUCAUAGAAGUGCAGAAACGCGUAAUUCCCCUCCCAUUGAGUCCCGGAAGGAAUUCGAGCUCCUUGUCGGAUUCAGAAUUAGACCACUACGAAGAACAUAAGAAGAACAUUAUUGGGUUCUUCGUAGCUGCAAAACAACCAUUCUUGAUGGCAGGGUUAUUCAAGGAUGAAGGAGAAUUUGAUCAGGCUUUAGAGGAGAUGCGGGAAGAGUGGGAUGCGUCGGAGGGAUGUUGGUGGGAAUGGGCAGUCUUUUAUGCAAAGAAGCCAGAAUGCUAA